AUGCACGGAAAUGGUGGUGGCCUUAAGGAGUGGACGCGGGCCAUGGAGCAUCUCGUGGCCUUCUACACAUGGGGGUAUAUCCCCAGCUUUGGUGUUUUCCAAGCCUAUUACCAGUCGGCUCUCGGAGUUUCCCCGUCCGCCAUCUUCUGGGUAGAGUCCGUGCAAGUGCUUUUUUUUUGA